AUGUUCAUUGACAUUGCUGUGAACAUCACCGACAAACUACUUGCAAGGGAUGAAAGUUCGGUUGAAGAGGUUAUUAGGAGAUGUAAAGAUAGCAAGGUCCUACCAAUAUUUAUUGGUCUGGACCAUCAAACAAGCCAAACCUCGAUAAAUCUGGCAAGAAAGUACAAGACGAUAUCGACAGUUGGUAUUCACCCUACCUCAUCCUCAAAGUAUAAGAACAUUGACGAAAUCAUCCCAUUGAUAGAAGAGGAUGCUGUGGUUGCAAUAGGAGAGUGUGGCCUGGAUUACGACCGUCUUGAGUUUGCAGAUAAGAUAUCUCAGAAGAGGAUUUUUAGGUCUCAACUGGAUUUGGAAGGAGAUUGCUAUUUUCUCCAUUCAAGAUCCUGCCACAGGGAUUUUAUGGAAAUUGUUUCUGAUUACAGGCUAAGAGGCGUUGUUCAUAGUUUUACCGGAAGUAUAGAAGAAGCUGAGGAGUUGAUAAAAAAGGGAUUUUUUAUAGGGAUUAAUGGAUGCUCCGCAAAAACAUCUGAGGGGAUAGACGUUAUAAAAAACCUUCCGCUUGAUUCCCUCCUCAUAGAAACUGACUCCCCAUACUGUAAGAUCAGAAAAAGCUACGCUGGGUUUGAGUAUGUUACAACCGAUUUCAGUUCCCUAAAGGUCCUGAAAAAGAAGAAUGAGCCAUGUUGUGUCGUUCAAGUAGCUGAAAUAAUAAGUAAUGCAACAGAAAAAGAUUUUAACCUAGUGGUGGAAACGGUAUUUAGUAACACAAUCAAACUUUAUGGAGAUGUGGUGAGGAAGUCUGCCGAAGAAUGGGGUUUUUUAACACAUUAG